AUGACCGUUGAAGCGCUUGAUGCUAGUCAGAAUUUGCUCAUCGACGUCGAUUCGAUGGCUUUUCUAGAUGGGAAUGAUGUAAAUUCGAGCGAAAAUGAUGGCAUUAAUGAAGAAUCUAUGGAGGACGACGAAAUUGGUCGGGAUCCGGUCAGUGGAGCACUAAUGGUUUCAUUGAGUAAAGGAAACGAACCAUUGCCCUUCGGGGGCAAGGGCAGAUUGAAGUUUAAACUGAGCCCGUUGUCAUUUCAAAACAUUUGUUUCCUAACAGAGCAAAACCAAUAUUCUCUGUAUCCAGUGAGACUGCCUCGUGUAGAUAGCAGUGAAGAAUACGUCAAUUAUGUCUCCAAAAUAUUCGAAGUGUACCGCGAUUUGGGAGAAGACAGGAUGUACUCAGUGCCCACGAUAGGUGUUAUUAAUUCUUCAGAAGCCAGAGAACAUGUGGCAGCCGUUAACCUUGCGAUGGAAGCAGUAACCGUUGAACUGGAGCUUUACAUUGAGUUGAUAAGGAACAAGCCGAAUUUAUUUGUACGGUUUUUUGAACUGGAAGAAUGUUUAACGAUCCUGAACUGUUUGAAAACCAUCCAUUUCACUCUCGAUACUCCUGGUGAAGAAUCUAGACGACCAUUCAUCAAGAACCUCAUGGCCUGGAUCAAUCGUUCUGACGGAGAACCCGACGAUGAGGUAACUGAGCAAGUGUUUGCCGGCAGCUCAAGCAAUAGAAAAUGCUUCCAGAACCCACCAUUCUGGAAAUUAAUCAACAGAUUAUUACUAAGAGGAUUAUUUGAUCAGGCCCGUGCCUGUAUCGAGAGAGCCGAUCUUCUGCCCUAUCUUGAAAAUCACUGUACAACUUCUGCAAAUGCUGUUCGAGAUCUGCUGGCUCUUUUGGAGCAGUACCCGCUGGAAUCAGCAAGGACCUUUAGGGAAUGGAAAUCAUUAGCAUUGGAGCUGGCACAGACUUUCAGUGAGUCUGAUACGACAUUGUCCGGAGAGUUGCGCGAUUUGAUAGAGGAUACUCUACUCCUGGUAGGUGGGCAUCAAUCAAAGAUACUUUUUUACUCGAAAACCUGGUACGAAUCUCUAAGUGGAUUAUUGCUCUACUAUAUUCCAUCUUUGGAGCUCUGUGAAGAAUAUCUACAAAUAUCUCUGAAACAGAACGCUAUGGAUGUGACUAAUACAUGGGAACAAGCCUGUGUUGAUAUUAUAAGAGGCAAACUAUAUUCGAUCCUGCCGGUUUUAGAGUCCUUGGAUGCCGGUGCAGCAGCGUUUUCUGCGGCGAUAUGUGAGGCCAAAGGUUUGAUUGAAAAUUAUUACGAGGAAGGGAACGGCGAAGAAGUGGUCUAUCAUAGCGCAGAUGAUCUGUUUUCCUACAAGAACGGUAUGGCAUCAUACAUGCUGAAUAAUUUUGCUUUUGAACUAUGCUCAUAUGGUGAUAAAAAACUGUGGUCAAUAGCGAUCGGGCUCAUUUCAUUUUCCCCCAUUGGUAACCCCAGCGCAAAGAGAACAGCGAUUGCCGAGCUUCUGCCACAUUUUCCUUUCCAGACCAACGAUGAUAUCGAGUGGAUGUUGAGUGUAUGCGCUAAAUGGCGACUACCGCAAGUAACAAAGACAAUCUACGUUAUGCUUGGUAACAAAUUACUUUAUGAGAGUAACACAAUCGAAGCCAUGGCCAAUUUCAGUAAAGCAGGGAAAUUCUCCUGGGUUAAAAGAUAUUCAUGGAUGAUGUUUGAAGCAUCUGUGCUACAAGGUUGUCCGCUAGAUGAUGUUGUACUUAAUGCUAUUGUCAAGGAAGAGAAUGAGCAAGUAAUCCCGAAGGAGAUCUUGGAUUCUUUAGUGACCAGCUCCAUGAAGCAAACGCUAGCACCCUACGCUGUACUAUAUCAAUUCUACGAAGCUCAAUCGAAAGAAGAUUGGUCACUGGCUUUACAGCUCCUAUUAGCAUUGAUAAACUUCCCAUAUUUGCCAAAGUGUUACAUGGUUCUACUAGUGGCCAAAUUCCUAUAUCCAAUCUUUCUGAAAGAUCCAUCCAAGAAAAUGCCUGAAGAGUCGGUUUUAAGCAUAAUGGAAGCUAUGGAACAUAAAUGGGAUGACACAGAUGAAAAAUCUCAAAACAUCUACGUAUCGCUUCGCGAAAGUGAUAUAGAUUCUCUGCCUGAGACUCUUAAAGUUCUGCAUAAACUGGUAAGAAAAGAGUUAAAUCUCAAACUAUGUAAAGAAUAUAUGUGA